CUUCAUCCCCUCAUGGACAACAAACAGACCCAUCAUCUGUCAAUGGAUUGUCAGUAUCGUUGCGGAGAAAAAGAGAACGAGAGAGGGAAGGUGAGAGGGAAAGGGAAAGGGGAAGGGAGGGAGGGAGGAUGACCCGUUCGUUCAUCUACAGGCGUUUUACGCGGGAGAGGAGGGGGAUACAGGGAAGGAGAACAGGGUUGAUCAAUAUUUCGACAGAUGAUGCUGACUGGACACGCCACUAAUCAUGGAACUCAAUCGAUCAUGUUCUUUUUGCCCCUCCUUCCAUGCAUGGCAAUCCAAACUAGACGCUCGAAAUGCUGGACGACGACGUUUCCGCCUUUGCAAAACGGGACAAAAUCCCUCAGGCCCGAAACGAUUUGCAGAUGCAUAUCCCAAGGACAAGAAGGGCCACAGGAGAGAGCAUGAGUCGUCCUAACUCAAGCAAAAGUAAAGCUACAACUGGAACAGCAACAGAAGCAAACUUUUCCACUUCAGCCCCACGGCCGAUCCCCAAAAGCAACAAUAGCAAGAAGAAUUUGCAGUCCAGCGCAAUGUCUUCAUCAUACACAUUUGACGAGAGCAUCGACAAUCCAUUCUUGCCGUCUACACCUCCAAUGUUCACGCCUUCAAUGGAACGGAGUGGAUUCUUCAAGCCGAAUUCAUCUGAGGAAGGCACCGUCCCUGCUUCGACAGCAGACAAACCAAUCUCGUCCAAGGAAAGAACCGCUCGCGCCCGCAUGGCGAGCCAACAGACCUCUUCCAAAGAAAUCACUACCUCCGCCCCCACACCUAAAUCCUCCACGCAGCCACCAGCGACACACAAUGAGGCGACGCCCAAUACCCACAUACCCAAGUUUGAGAACCCCUUCAGUAUCACAACAAGAUCCCGUAAUGGAUCCUUGAGUGGAAUCCCUGGGUUGCCUGGACCCAGACAUGAGGAUAUGAUCUUACCGGCAGUCGCACGGCGUAUCAAGGAGCAGGGUUUGUUCGACCAUGAUGUGAUUGCAUACAGCGAUGAUUAUAAUGCACCGCUCUACAAGCUUCCGACGUCACCAGCUACGCAGGGCAACCCAUUUGCUAGCUACGACCGCGCAAAGGCAGCAUCGAGUACGAGUCUUGGUCAUCCAUUGUCUCAAUCGGAGUCAUUGUCACCUGCCAAGGAGAGCGGCUCAAUGGAGACAGAGUUACCGCCCAGCCCGCCCGUGCCUGACGUGUACGAUUCACGACCGCGCAAACAGCCAGAAACAGAGGCAGACCAAACGGUACCUGAAGCCAGGUCGACGAAACAGUCUCGACAGCAGGCUGAGCCAGAGACUCAGUCCAGGCUUACUGAGCCAAAGAAUGAUGUUACUCGACCUGAGAGACCACGCCGUACAAGACGGGACACGAAUCAUCAGACGCAGCAAGAGAACGCUGUUUCUGCCGAGGAUCACCGGACACGGCGCACUCCGCGUCCGAUGAUGCCUGAAUCUGAUCAGCACAGCCAGGGCUCCAAUCAAUCGUCGCCAACACACUACCAAGACCAGAAUGGCAUGAAACAGGGCUCCAACCAGUCCUCAUCCAGCCACUAUCAGGAUCAGUAUGAUGGGGAGAAUGGUUGGAAUGAUGCAUAUUCUCGACAACAGCAACAGCAACAACAGCAGUCGUACAGAUCUGACGCAAGGGACCGCCGUUACCAGAAUAAUGAGUAUGGAAGACAGGAGCAGUCCAAUGUCAACGAUGGCAGUUAUCAGAAACAGCAACAUGGUUCGCCGCAAAUGGGAGACAGAUAUGAAGGUCGUAGGCAAAAGCAGACACAGGGAGAUUACCCACAAAACGACGGAUAUAACCGCACCCGAAGGCAGGAGGGACACGAAUAUCACCAAGAUUCAUACAAUGGUCGUCAGGGUGGAUACAACUCUCAGCCGAUUGGAUACCAUACUCAGAAUGGCGACUAUAAUGGACAGCAGGGCCGAUAUGAUACCCAGCAGGACCAUUACAAUGGUCAACAAAGCGGUUAUAAUGGUCAACAGAAUGGAUACGAUGCUCAAUAUGGCAACCACGAUGCUCGAUAUGGAGACAACAACAACUAUAGUCGUGGCGCCUCUGCUCCAGGACAUGACAAAGCCAACGUUCAGCGCCUGCAGCAAAGACCCGACAUGGCGCAGAUGGAGAUGUUGGAGGUCAAUGCUGGUUCAAGGGAAGGUGGCGCUGCGGAUGAGGUUGCCAAGAUUGAUCCCAAGGACAUGGAGCAGAUGAAGAAGAAGGGGUCUGUCUGUUGUACUAUCAUGUAACAACUUUUUUUUUUUCAUCUACCUUGCGCUUUUACCUGCAUUCAUGCCGCCACCACUCUACCACUCUCACUCAUUCUGG